AUGAUGGAACAUGUUGAUACAGUAAAUUUAAAAUUAACAAACAACACAGCACUUAGAACAAGUAAACAGCGGAUAAUCCAUGAGGCUAUGCGAGCCGAUCUUCGCCCAUUGUAUCCUAAUGCAACAAAGUUGUAUUUCGAUAUAGACACUGAACAUAGCAAAUAUUCAUGUAAAUAUUUGCCAUUAUUAGUUAAUCUGACUAAACUCGUACAUCUCGAAUUGAGUAGUUUUGAACUGGUUGAUUGGGAUAAACAUUUGAAUCGAUGGAAGAAUCAGAUUGGUACUCGAAUUCUUCAAAAUAUUCAUCUUCGGUCACUUCUCAUUCAUCAUAAGUUUAAUUCUUUGAGUAGGAGUCUAAAAGUCGUGGAAACAAUUCAUAAACUUCUGCCUGCUCAUAUCAGCUAUUUACAAGUUCCUAUUAAUGAUUUGAAUCAAAUAGAAAUUAUCCUUGAACGAUGCCAUCAGUUAAGAUGUGUUCUGUUUGAAAUUAAAUACUGUGCCGAAAUAAAACCGAAGCAAGUUGUCCAAUGGUUUAUGGAAAACACCAAAGGGUCAGUCUCUGAAAUUAUCACUAAUGACAAAAUUUUGAUAUGGAUUGGACGAAGAAAGAUCACGAAUGACGAAGAUAUCAGUCAUAAGCAUAAGCAAAUGAAAUUAACUGAACAAAAAUAA